UGUCAUAACUUUUCAGUGUUGUUGAUAUUUUGAAGCCGAAAAAAUCGUUCAACGUUUGCAGUUUUCCAAUAUUUCCACGAAAAUCAGGUGAAAUUCAAUACAGUUUUAAGGUUCAACUGUUUUUAACAUAAUCUAAAUUCGUCGCAAUGACGAGACCAGGCGAAAAUGGCCGGGGUGACCACCGGCGGUCCAGAUCGCGCAGCCCGCAGGACCGGAAGAAGCGCCGCUCGAAGAGUCGCGACCGUGACCGAGACCGGGGCAGUGAGCGUAGUAGCGGCAAAACGUCGUUCCGGAUUUCCGGAGGAGGCAGUAGCAGCUCGUCGUCGUCGGCGUCCCGGAACCGGAAGGCGGAACGGGAACGGGACCGCAGUGACAGGGAGCAGCGCGACUGGGAACGGGACCGGGAGUUGGAGCGUGAGCGGAAUCGGGAGGCCGAACGGAAGCGGGAACGCGAGCGGGAGCGGGAGAAGCUGAGGGAACAGGCGACGAAGUAUGCACAAAGCGUCAGCAGCAGUGGAACAGGUUCCAGCAGCGGCAGUGGCGGCUUCCGGCAGUCUAAAUUUGACCAGAAGCCGCCGGGCUUCGUGGAGAAGGAAGUUAAGAAGCCUCCGAAAGAGGAGCCCAAGGAGGAAAAGGAAUCGUUCGAUUUGGCCGGUCCGAUGGACAAGGAAGAAGAGCAGCGAAGGCUUGAACAGGAGAUGAUUAAACGGCGAGAACGGAUCGAACGGUGGAGAGCGGAGAGGAAGCGGAAGGAGGUUGAAAUUAAGAAGCCUGGUGGCGGGUCGGGAAUAAAUGUUCCGAAGAAGUGGAGCUUGGAGGAUGAUGAGGAAGACGAUGACGAUGAUGGAGAGGGCAAGGGUAGUGCCAAUGACGGGGAGGACGAUGUCGAUCCGUUGGACGCGUUUAUGAAGGAAGUUAAUGAGGAGGUGAGGAAGGUCAACAAGAUUACGGGACCGGCACCGAAGGCGGCGGAAGGCAAGGCUGCGACCUCUUCGGGAGUUACAAUUAUUACCGGAGUAGCCAAGAAGAAUACGGAAACGGUUAAAAAGGGCGAACUGAUUGAGCAAAACCAGGACGGACUUGAGUACUCUUCCGAGGAGGAGCAGGAAGACAUUAAGGACACUGCGGCCAACCUGGCCAACAAGCAGAAGAAAGAACUCGCAAAAAUAGAUCAUUCCGGAAUCAACUAUCUUCCGUUCCGUAAGGUUUUCUACGUAGAAGUUCCGGAGAUUGCCAAAAUGACACAAACCGAAGUCGACGCGUACAAGGCGGAACUCGAAGGCAUCAACGUCAAAGGCAAAGGUUGCCCCAAACCAAUCCGGACCUGGGCCCACUGCGGAGUCACCCGCAAAGAAUUUGAAGUCCUCCGAAAGCUAGGCUUCGAGAAACCCACCCCAAUCCAGUGUCAAGCCAUCCCCGCGGUCAUGUCCGGCCGAGACCUCAUCGGAAUCGCCAAAACCGGAAGUGGCAAAACGCUGGCCUUCAUCCUGCCCAUGUUCCGGCACGUGCUAGACCAACCCCCGCUGGAGGAAGCCGAAGGCCCAAUCGCGAUCAUCAUGUCCCCGACGCGCGAACUCUGCAUGCAAAUCGGAAAGGACAUCAAAAAGUUCGCCAAAUCGCUCAAUCUACGCGCCGUGUGCGUCUACGGGGGCACCGGCAUCUCCGAGCAAAUCGCCGAACUUAAACGCGGUGCGGAAAUCAUCGUCUGCACGCCGGGCCGAAUGAUCGACAUGCUAGCGGCGAAUUCCGGUCGCGUUACGAACCUACGCCGAGUAACGUACGUGGUGCUGGACGAAGCCGAUCGCAUGUUCGACAUGGGCUUCGAGCCGCAGGUGAUGCGCAUCAUCGACAACAUCCGGCCGGACCGGCAGACGGUCAUGUUCAGCGCAACGUUCCCGCGCCAGAUGGAGGCGUUGGCGCGUCGGAUAUUGAAGAAGCCGGUCGAGAUUCAAGUCGGGGGACGGUCUGUAGUUUGCAAGGAGGUCGAACAGCACGUGGUGGUGCUGGAAGAGGACGCCAAGUUCUUCAAGCUGCUCGAGCUGCUCGGACUGUACCAAGAGCUGGGUAGCAUCAUCGUGUUCGUGGACAAGCAGGAGAACGCCGACAUCCUGCUUAAAGAUCUGAUGAAGGCUUCGUAUCCGUGUAUGAGUCUGCACGGUGGUAUCGAUCAGUUCGAUCGGGAUUCUACGAUUAUUGACUUUAAGCAGGGACGGGUUAAGCUGCUGAUAGCGACUUCCGUGGCGGCUCGAGGACUGGACGUGAAGCAGCUGAUUCUGGUGGUGAAUUACGAUUGUCCCAAUCAUUACGAGGAUUACGUGCACAGGUGCGGUCGCACGGGUCGCGCCGGCAACAAAGGUUUCGCGUGGACCUUCCUCACGCACGAGCAGGGCCGCUAUUCGGGGGAUAUUAUCCGUGCGCUCGAGCUCUCCGGCGGUACCAUUCCGGACGAUCUGCGCCAGCUGUGGGAAACGUACAAGACAACGCAGGAGGAGCAGGGCAAGAAGGUCCACACCGGUGGUGGCUUCAGCGGCAAAGGGUUCAAAUUUGACGAGCAGGAAGCGGCGGCCGUUAAUGAGCGCAAGAAGAUGCAGAAAGCCGCACUUGGCUUGCAGGACUCGGACGACGAUGAAGAUCUGGAGCAGGAUAUUGAUCAGCACAUUGAGAGUAUGUUUGCGACCAAGAGGAUCGUGAAGGAGGUGGAAGCGCCGGUCAUAACGCAAACCGUAACGGUUCCUACGCCGCCGGUGGCCACAAACUCGGACAAGCUGGAACUGGCCAAGCGGCUGGCUUCGCGCAUCAACCUGCAGAAGAGUCUUGGCUUUGAGGCGAAGGGUGUGACGCAACAGGCGGCGGAAGCAAUCCUCAAAGGAAGCUCCACCCAGCAGCUUAUUACGGCGAAAACCGUCGCGGAACAGCUAGCCGCAAAACUCAACACCAAACUCAACUACCAGCCCAAAGACGAGGAAGAGGCACCGGUCGAGACGAACGAGCAGGUGUUCCGCAAGUACGAGGAAGAGCUGGAGAUCAACGACUUCCCCCAGCAGGCCAGGUGGAAGGUUACUUCCAAGGAGGCGCUGGCACAAAUUUCCGAGUAUUCGGAGGCGGGUCUUACGGUGCGCGGUACGUACGUUCCGCCGGGUAAGAACCCGCCCGAGGGCGAACGCAAGCUGUAUCUGGCGAUCGAGAGCUGCUCGGAGCUGGCGGUGACCAAGGCGAAGCGUGAAAUUACGCGCCUCAUCAAGGAGGAGCUGCUGAAGCUGCAGGCGUCGCACCACAUUGUGAACAAGUCGCGUUACAAAGUUAUUUAAGGUGUAGCCACUAUUAUAGCGUUGUAUUGAUUUAGUUGUACUAGGAUUGAAGGGAAGAAGAAUAAGCUAUGACUCAAGUGUGUAACUGUGAACAGAAAUCAAGGUUUAAAAUUUGUUCGAUGUGUAAGCAUCGAAAAAGGAUAAAUAAAGUACUUUAACAAAUUACUAGACAUA